ACACAAACGACAUUUUUGCUACUUGGCAACCCUAACUGUCUUUACAAGUUUUUUUUUUUUUUCAUAUUUCAUUAUUAACUCUACAUUAUAUUAUAUAGAAAAUGGGACUAUUUUCAGCUGAUCUAUUCCCGACAAAAAUUAGUUUUGUUGUUUUUAUUUCGUAUAUGGGGCUGUUUAUUAAUCAAGGUGAGAACCAAUUUAUUAAUAAUUUUAUCAGUUAAAUAGUUAUUCAGUUAUUAACUUAGUCUUAGUUUAACCUAAUUAAUAAGUUAGUGCUAUUGGCACUGAGUUACUAAUUACAGACCUUCGCACUGUCCACUCAAUCCUCUGUCUACUGUCACUACAGGACAAUACAAGAUGAUAAUAUAUAAGGCCAAGGCACCUUCACAUACCCACCUAGUUAAGUUAGUGAGGCCUAGGUGCCUGUCUAGUUACUAGUACUAGCUAAUACUAAUUUUUUUUUUUUUUUACUACCGGUACUAGUACUAGUCACCUGACUGACUAAUUCUAAUUCUUUGCUACUUAGGGUUACUAUAAUUUUAAUUACAAAUUAUUAGUAGUAAUUAGUAUUAGUAUUAGUAUUAGGUCUAGCCAUUUAGGCGAACUUAUUACGUUUUUAGGACUAGGCCUUUUUUUUUUUUUGCUACCAGUUUAAUUAAAAUUUUAUCUAUGAAGCCUGACACUCACUGCUUACACUUACACAAAAUUUGAGAUUUUGAAAAAAUUGAAAGACUUUUGACUUGAACUUUAAAAUCUAGAACAGGGUUUCCCAUACUCUAUUGUCUAAUUAGACUAUAGUCUAUAGUCUAAGUCUAUAGCCAUACUUUUACUUUUAAGUUUUGUGGACCGGUGGACAAGUUUCGAAAUUGCACCAGGUACCGGUGGUAGAUUUAUUAAUUAUAUUUUAUUUUUAUUUAACCAUAAUAUUCAUGUUGUGUGGAUCAGCAACGUAAGGCUCACAGACUGGUGCAGGUACGCAGAUCAGCAUUUGGAGAACAGUUGUCUAGUCUAUACAAUUCAGCAAAUGGUUAAAAAAAGACAGGAGAGUUCUCCAGUCCACCAGUCUGUAGGAUUUUUGCUACAAAAUUAAAUGAUCCCUAGGCCCAAUCAAAAUACUUCGUUUAUUAAAUAGAAUAAUAAUAAACAUUAGCUUUGAUUAGAUCUACUCAUGUUGGUCAUUUUAGUAACACACCUUGUAUUACAUUUAUAGUGGUAAAGUUAAUUUAAAUAGGCUUCUUCACACUUAAUUAAAUGUAUAUUGAUUCAUAUACAGCCCUAGCCUACUCUGUGACUGUUCUAAAGAGUCUAAGUCUAAAGAAUUAAAUAUAGGCCUACAUAAAUAUUUAUAGUUUAAAUGCUACAUUCAUGGUCUACAAAUUUUGUGGCAAACCUUUCUGAAUUAGUCAAAAAAAUAGCUAUUCGGCUAUUUAUUUGAUUUGCCACUAUUGUAAGACUUUGAUUUCUAUUACGUUUUGUAAAUGGAUAUAAAUAAAUAGGUUCAUUUCAUUCGAAUUUCUUUUCAGUUAUUACAUGUAAGUGCAUACAAAUGAGAAUACACUCCUUUGUGGUUGAUUUGCAUCUAUAACUAAAACCCCUAUCAUGAGCAGGUGAUAAUUCAUACGAGAGUCAUCCUCUGAUAUAAGUCACAUUACCCCACGGAUGAAUUUUUUUAUGAAAGGCUUAAAUAAAGACGAUUCAUGAAUUCCAUGCAGAGUAAAUUGGUUAUCUGGACUUACAAUAGAGAAGCUGAAGGUGGGAAGCUUUGAUGGUCCAUAUAUGAGAAAAGUUAUAAAGGAUAACAUGAUGAAAAAAUUGAAUGAUCAGCAUGGUCGUCAUUUCCUCUUGUUGUGACCAACUUUCUUGCAGUUGCAUAGAUUGCUGUCCAGAGAUCCUUAAGUAAAGAGUGAGCUGAUAUAUUUUACAUUGAAUAUACAAAAGAAGAUGGGAUGCGCACAUGAAGACAAUAUUUGUUUAUACCUUAUUCAGGAUUGUUCCUGCUCUCAAAAGUCUCACAAAAGGAGCUUCAUUUGUGUAGAAUAACUGGAAAGUUAAAAAUAUUAUGUGCAUUUUGUAUGAAAUAAUCAAAUUUCCAUAAUAAUAUGUUUCAUGGUUUUAAAAAAGGGCAUGUGUUGGCCUGAAUAAGCCAUCUAUUGGUGCACUUAAAACUUUGACAGAAACAAUUCAGCAAUUUUAUAGCCAAGAGUCAAAAAGAUAAAAACAGUGCAGUUUCACUUUUAAUCCAUGAUUUCAUUCAAAGACACUGGCAAUGAUCUUAUUGAUUUCAGCUUUUAGAAAAAGUUUUUCGUUGUUCCAUAAAUUACUAGUGUUAAUAUCAAUUAAUGAGGAUAACACCCCUGGCAUCACAGCUGAAAAGACACACUUUAAUUUUAUAUGAAUAAUAUGACAUUCAAAUUUUAAAAGAAAGUCAAUUGCUAUGCAAUUAAAUAAAAUCACAUGACCUUUGUCAUCCACCACAGCAGAUAGCCAUUGGCCCUGCCUUCCUAUUUACUCAUGGCCUCGUGUAUGCUUAAUAAUAAAUCUGGAUUUUAAAAAAAAAAAUGUUUUCCUCUUCAAUGUUGCAAUUGAUUGCAAAACAACCGCUCGUCCUUUCUUUAGGUCGGUUUUGCAAAUAAUUUCAGACAUGGUUCGAAAUAAAUUUAAAAGUAGGGGGGGAAAAAAUGACAAUGUUAUAUCUUUAUUCAACAUUUUACUGAUGCUUGAUUGCAGUGAGAACAAUUUCUUGUCCAAGCAGCUUGUUUUGCUAUUUAUUUACAUUGCAUGGCUUGGACCCAGUCCCUCAUGUAUUUUCCAUUAAGGAGCUGGUAGAGGUUCAAUCAAUUGUUUGCUGAUGAUCACAACUUAGAAUUUUGAAUUUGAUGAACUUUCCCAUGCUAAGAUAAGUUGUUGCCCAUAUUUUACACAUUUUGCCAACAAUUAGAUAAGUUGCCCACUAUUAGGUAAUUUGCCCAUAUUUAGAUAGGCUGCCAAUAUGUAGAUAAGUUGCCCAUAUGUUUAUAAGUUGCCCAUAUUUAGAUAAGUUACCCAUAAUAAGAUAAGUUGCCCAUAUGUAGAAAAGUUGCCCAUAAUGAGAUAAUUUGUCCUAAUGUAAAUAAGUUGACUUAUGUAAAUAAGUUGCUUGUAUUGAGACAAGUUGCCCAUAUUUAGAUACUCGGACAUUAACCCUUUCCUUGGUUGAUAAAGCCUAUAAAAUGAAUGCUAAGCAAUGCUAUCAAAAGAUGAAUAGAAGAAAAUAGCACUGAUUUUUUAAAAUACAUUUACAUUAGAUUGUUAUGAUAGGCAUUUUAUGCUACGGACACCCGUUCAUCAAGAUUUUUAUGUGCAUUAAAUUAAUGCUUACUGCACUGAGUGUUUGGCGGGCUGUCAAGGUAUUGAUUUUUAUACAUCUGGUGAUGGACGCGUUUACGGUCGCCCAUUAUAAGUCACUGGGAGAUCGGAAACUGUAUCUUAAACUUUGUUGAUGGAUUUUUUAAAAUUGAUUUUUUUUUUCAAAUGAACUUACAAAUGAUGCCUACUUAAAAAAAAAAAAUCAGGUAAAAGGCAACCUGUUGCACCUCCCAGCAGUUGGUUGUGAAGGCUUUCUUUGGCCAGAAUGAAAUCAGCAGGGUGUAUUAUAAGUCUAAAUCAGCCGGGUGCAUUUUAAGUCUAGAUUAGCAGAGUGUAUUUUAAGUCUAGAUCAGCAGGGUGUAUUUUAAGUCUAGAUUAGCAGGGUGCAUUUUAAGUCUAGAUUAGCAGGGUGUAUUUUAAGUCUAGAUUAGCAGGGUGUAUUUUAAGUCUAGAUUAGCAGGGUGUAUUUUAAGUCUAGAUCAGCCGGGUGCAUUUUAUGUCUAGAUUAGCAGGGUGUAUUUUAAGUCUAGAUUAGCAGGGUGUAUUUUAAGUCUAGAUUAGCAGAAUGCAUUUUAAGUCUAGAUUAGCAGGGUGUAUUUUAAGUCUAGAUUAGCAGGGUGUAUUUUAAGUCUAGAUUAGCAGAAUGCAUUUUAAGUCUAGAUUAGCAGGGUGCAUUUUAAGUCUAGAUUAGCAGGGUGUAUUUUAAGUCUAGAUCAGCCGGGUGUAUUUUAAGUCUAGAAUUAUGAACAAACCUUGAGCAAACCUCAUCUUUCUCACAUUUUUGUUGUUGUUUUUUUGAGCCUGAGAUUUGGAGCGGUCGCAGUGUUCCACUUGGUGGUCUUUUCGUUUAGUUCAUUUGAUGCAAUCUCAAAAUGAUUGUUUAGAGAGCAUCGGGGAGGAGGAUCAAGGGAACCGAAAACUUAAAGAGUUCAUUUCUUUUAAUUAAGAUGCUAAACUAUUGAUGAGAUGUGUUUAUUUUUAUGAGCUUGGGGAACUUCAAAUCAGGUAUUUAGGGUUCCUCUUCUUCUUCUCUAUUUUGAGGGCCCACGAUCGAUGUAUUGAUCAUUCUGGCUCCUGGGUUAGGGUUUGAGCUGUGUACAUUACACAACCAAACACACCAACAGCCAUUACAGAUGCUUGCAUAUUUUAGCCCAAUUAAUACCACCACCUCUCCCCUUAAAUCCACAGAUACCAAACUUUUGCAAGGAGGGUACAUGCCCUUAUUCAGUUGUGUUUUUUUCAAUUAAGUGGGACAUCCAGAAUAACAAUCUGAUAUCUUUGCUUCAUGUAACAUGAUAGCUGCACUACUUUUUAAAAUACCAUGUACCUGUUUGUCAAGUUUUAUGACUGCCUUAUAGAAAUAUCCCCCCCUCUCUACACGACUUCUUAUGGGGGUUGAAGAGGGAGUGAGUGAGAAAAGCGUGAGAUAAAGAAUAGUUUACUCAGGGCAACAUGUGGGCAUGGCAUAUUUACAUUCAACCACUGAGCGUAAUCCCAACCCAGAUGUUAGCAGGAUAAACGUUAACUGAUGUUGUCCUGCGUUAAAUUAGUCAAUGAAGAUUGUGGGGAUUUUUAAUGUUAUUUUAGAAAGCCCUAUUUGAACUUCUGUUGGGUUUAUAUUUGUCCACUUUGCAACAGCAUUUGUAUCGAUUAUGCAGGCCACGUCAUACUGGCCACAUCAUAUGUGCCACAUUAUGCAGGCCAAAUCAUACAGGCCAUAUCAUACAGGUCACAUCAUACAGGCCACAUUAUACAGGCCAUGUAAUGCAGGCCAUGUGAUAAAGGUCAUGUCAUACAGGCCACAUUAUGCAGGCCAUGUCAUACAGCCCACAUCAUAUUUUCCACAUCAUAUUUGCCACCUUAUGCAGGCCACGUCAUACAGGCCAUAUCACACAGGCCAUAUAAAGGUCAUAUCACACAGGUCAUAUCAUACAGGCCAUAUCAUACAGUUCUUAUACAGGCCUCAAACUUAUACAGGAAUGAACCACUAUUAAAAUUCAGCUGGCAAUAUUCUAAAGUAAAAUCUCUCAACCCCUGAAAGGUAAGGUGUGUACACAAAUGUAUACUCUUCAAAAGAGCCAAAAAUUUAAAGAAAUUCCACGUCUUUUAUUUUACCAAUUGUCUCUCUUAAUUCCCAUACAAAUAAAUAUUUAUGGAACCCCCCCAUUUUACGGACCAAAGCAAGCUGUUGCACUAUUCAUUUCUAAAGCCAGCUUAUAAGCUUAAAUUAUCUAAUCCAGGGUUUCUGGGCCAACCACACUGACACUAUCUCUGCAUUACCAGCACUGUCAGUGCAUGGGAUUAUCCUUCUUUAUGGGUUGAACCGAUUCAGAAGUGUUCACUGCUUUCUUUGACAUGAGGCCCUGGUGACCUUCUCCCCAUAGAAUAAACCUUUUAGUGAAAGCGUCUGUAGCAUCAUUCGACUGCGACGUCAUCCGAGGGAAUUAUGUAUUUUGAUAAGUUAUCAUCAUACCGGUUUUAAGACUUUACACCACUUAUGCAAAAUUAUGUGGAAUGACUUAUCAUGUGUUGUUCUUGUCCCUGUUCUAUAUUUCAAUUUUAAAAAAAUAAUAAUUUUGUGUGAAUUUAGCAAAUUGUUAAAAUGUCAUGCUCUGUCCUUAAAUAAAUCUAUUUAUAGCUAAUAAUAGGUAUAAAAAUGUUUAAAAGUCAAAUGUUUUUAUAAAUUAAAAUAGUAUGCAUCAGCUGGGCUGGGCUUCCUAAUGGAGUCAAUCUUAAAUUGAGAAUUAGUGAGGGCCUACCAAUUAAUGGUGGGGACUUCAGAUAUUGAUUUUUUUUUUAGAAGUUCUCACUUAGUGGGCAAAUAUAAUUAUAAAGGAGAAGGUGGAGCCCAAGUUUAGUGAAAACAGGAUAUGCAGGAUAAAACUCAAAACUUAAAAAAAUAAGAGUCCUCAGCCUGGAACCCGGGCACAGGCUUUGCAUCUAAAUAUAACCCUUUUUUUUUUUCUCAGGUAUUUUAGUGACGGCAAGCAAGUCCAAGGAUAACAGUUACAGCUACAAUACUGUCACAGUUGUUUUACUGACAGAGGUUCUCAAACUUGUGGCAGCGGCUGUGCUAUUUAUAAAAGAGUAAGGAAACAGGACACGUUUUACGUAUAUCUCUCUUUAGCAAAGGUGGCUCUCAAUCAGCAUUAGAGGGGGUUUAGUUUGCUGAGGGGCACAUAAGGACCUUUAUUAACUAGAAUGGGAAAUUACAGAAAUUGGUAUUUUAAUUGCAAAAUUUACCAGGGUGAAUUUUCUUUGCAUUUCCUUGCAUUGUGCUCUUUAGCUGCUUCUUUUAAAAAUUUUUAUGAUUUACAAAUUUAACCCAUGAAUCCAAACUUAAUAUCUACUGCGUUGUGGUUAAGGACCUGUUGUUGUGGUUAAGGACCUGUCACGGUUAAGGACCUGUUGUUGUGGUUAAGGACCUGUUGUUGUGGUUAAGGACCUGUUGUUGUGGUUAAGGACCUGUUGUUGUGGUUAAGGCCCUGUCUUUGUGGUUAAGGACCCGUUGGUGUGGUUAAGGACCUGUCAUUGUGGUUAAGGACCUGUCACGGUUAAGGACCUGUAGUUGUGGUUAAGGCCCUGUCUUUGUGGUUAAGGACCUGUUGUUGUGGUUAAGGACCUGUCAUUGUGGUUAAGGACUUGUCUUUGUGGUUAAGGACCUGUCUUUGUGGUUAAGGAUCUGCCAUUGUGGUUAAGGACUCGUAGUAUCAAAAAUCAACAAAGUGCUAAAUGAAGCCUUUCUGAAUUUACAUCUAAAAUGAACCUCAUUUUAAAAAAAAAAUUGGGCAUUGGUUUGGGCAAUAUCAGUGAGUUACUUAUUUAAGGUUAGAAAAGGUGUUGUCCUGUUAAUGCAUAUGCAUUUCAUUUUUCCUCUGCAUCAAAAUCUCAUAACAUGGGGUUUGAAGUUGUUUACAGUUUGUCAUGUGUGGUAGUUUAUUUUAGUUAAACUGAAGAAUUAAGGUUACAAACAUAUAGUCCACUCAAUUAUCUUUCAUUUGAUACCUCAUUUUGUCUUACAAACCCAACAAUAAAAUUUUAAAUAGUUUUUUAAUCCCACCCUCUCACUUCUGGUACCCGGGUACAAAUAGCCACUUUGAAAUAUUAAGCUAUUCCCUAAAACUUGAACGCAGGAGAAAAACACAAUUUUAGUUGAGAAUGGCCAAAAAAAAAAUGUUUUAAAUUUUAGCCCCAUUCAUUUAGCCAUUAUUCUAGUUGUUUCUUUUACAUUCAUUCAUUCAUAUAAUCUGCAGCAAAUCAUGUCAAUGCUUUUUUGAGGACCUGUUCAAACAUAGGAAAGGUAAUUAUACUUUGUAAUGCAGUGGUUCUCAACCUUCCUAAUGCAGUGAUCCUUAAAUACAGUUCCUCAUGUUGUGGUGGAACACUCCCCCCCCCCCAACCCAACCCCCACCAUAGAAUUUGACCUGUUCAAACAUAGGAAAGGUAAUUUUACUUUGUAAUGCCGUGGUUCUCAACCUUCCUAAUGCAGUGAUCCCUAAAUCCAGUUCCUCAUGUUGUGGUGGAACCCUCCCCCCCCCCCCAACCCAACCCCCACCAUAGAAUUAUUUUCGUUGCUACUUCAUAAAUAUAUGUUUUCCAGUGGUCUCAAGUGACACCUUUGUAAGGGUCAUUGGAAUCUCCAAAGGGGUCGUGAUCCACAGGUUGAGAACCGCUGCACUAAUGGUUUAAAGACAGAUCCAGUCCACUAAUUAUUCAAAUUUGAAAUAUAACAAAGAUAAAAAAUAUUUGCAAUGACUUUUUUGUAGCUUUUGUCUUGGUGACCCACCUUUUAAGUUACUUUGGGCUGGUCUUGUGCAGUGUAGUACUGCAACAUGGGUAGAUAAAAUGUAACAUUUGUUGAUUGGUUUAGCUGUUGACAGUCAUGUUCAAUCUCCAACAGUAUCUCAUCCGCCCUUCCAAUGCCCUCUUGUUUCAGUUCUGUCUUUGUAUUUCAUCCCUGCCGCCCUCUACUGCCUCUACAAUAACCUUCAGUUUGUCAACCUGUCAGCCUAUGACCCGACCACAUACUAUCUCUUGCUGCAGUUCAGGGUGGUCGUCACAGGUGUUAUAUUCCAGGUGAGUCCCAUGGGGUUGGGGGGGGGGUGGGGUAAAGGAGUAAUUGGGCAUGCUUUUCAAGUUAGUGUUUCAGGGCAUGAGUUGAGUGACGAAGAUGGUAUCAAAAUGAAAAUAUGUAUUAAUUUUGAUUAGAUUUGUAAAUCUCAAUUUUUAUAUGAUUGCAAUAAUAAGAGAAUUAUUAAAGGAUUUUCUUGGAAAAGCUGUUGUAGCUUUGAUUCCAGAUGACGUUUAUUAAAUAACAGGGAUAAGACGGAAGCACUGUUUUGGAGGCAAAUCUUCCCAGUUCAGCUUCAACUUCAAAGUCAUAUCCAUUGUUUUUUUUUCAGCUCAUCUUUAAGAAACAGCUCAGCCGAAUACAGUGGGCCUCACUGUUCAUACUGACCCUGGGAUGUGUCAUCAAAGAGAUCCGCCACGACGUGUCCAGUGCCCAGACCAUGACCACAGCGCCAACCAGUGUGACCGACUACCUGGACAUUCACUUGCUCUUCAUUAUGUUUCAGGUCAGUGGUCAUCUGCAGUGUAUUAUCCCUCCUAGCAGCACCAACGGAUUAAAUAGCGGACUAAAAUUAAGUUUAGGGAAGCAUAUUUAUUUCAGAGUUCGCUCAAGGAGAAAAUUAAACUAUAAAGUUUGAAAANGAGUCGCCCCGCACGCGGCGAUUGGUUUUGAACUAAUAAAAGCGCUCUUUCCAAUAAAGGUCGGAGCUUGGUAAGCAUGUAUUAGCUCUAGAAUUGCCACAGUUAUCCAAGUAGGAUCGUGUCAUCUAAGGAACCUCGACUGAUUUAAUGAGCCAUUCGCGGUUUCACCGUCAAACAGUGUGAACUUAGACAUGCAUGGCUUAAUCUUUGAGACAAGCAUAUGACUACUGGCAGGAUCAACCAGAUAGCUAUCGAUAUCACGGACAUGCUCUGUAUACUUUCUGAGGUUUUUUUCUUCGAAGGGAAGACGGCAAAAAUCUUUGCCUGCCGCGGUCGGCACAUACCCUAGCCGUGCCACUGGUUACACACCUAAACAAUGUUGGCUGUAAAGAGAACAUCACAGACAAGUUGAUCAGCAGCACAAUAUUCUUCAUGUAAAUAAAACAAAUUUUUGCGUGAAUUUAGUAUUUAAAUGUCUGUCUGGGAUCGAAAUGGCGGCCCCUAGAUUUAGGCGCUCCGGGCAGUUGCCUGCUUUGCCUGUUGUACCAAAGACAGCGGCCCUGACUAUAUGUAGGUCCCUACUUUACAGAACGAAAGAAAAUGGUGGCAAAGCUCCUUUUUAAACAAAAAAUGACACGAGGAAAGACCUGGGGGUAGGUGGAGUUCAAAGAGCAAAAGAAAAAUAAUAUUACAGGAACUUGUUGAUUACCCAGGGGAGUCACUUUUUCCAAGUCUGUUAACUAGUUUAACUAACUGAUCCAAGAAAUAAAUUACUUCUGGUGCACACUGUACAGUGAUGCAAAAAACAAAAUUGUCCUUAACUGUGUCAUUAUCCAUUCAGGUGUUCUCAUCCUGUUUUGCGGGUGUCUACAAUGAGUUUCUGCUGAAAGACACAGGUGUUGAUGUUCACAUCAUGAUGGCCAAUGUCUUCAUGUACCUUAAUUCCAUUAUAUGUAAUUUGCUUAUUCUGGCCUACAGGGGUAAGAGAUUUUUGUACCUGCUAUACUGUUCAUUUGUGAUGUACUUGCUAUACUGUUCAUUUGUGGUGUACUUGCUGUACUGUUCAUUUGUGAUGUACUUGCUAUACUGUUCAUUUGUGAUGUACUGCUAUACUGUUCAUUUGUGAUGUGCUGCUAUACUGUUCAUUUGGGAUGUACUUGCUAUACUGUUCAUUUGUGAUGUACUUGCUAUACUGUUCAUUUGUGAUGUACUGCUAUGAUGUUCUUUUGUUUUGUGUACUGCAAAGUAACCUUAAAAAAACAAAAUCUGUCGCACAUCCACGUAGGAAAAUAAUGAGUAGUUGAUAUGCUAGAUUUGUUGUUAAUCAAAUAUCAAAUUUGCUUUUUUUAAUUUCUUUUUUUUCCCUUUAAAUUUUCAUUUUGCUUGUGUAGCAUAUCAAAAGAGUUCUGCCCUUGUCACCUCCUGUCUCUACAUUCCUGUAACCCAGAUUUGUAUCAAAGAUUUUUUUUACAUUUCAUUAACAAUCAGGAGAGUUCCUCGAAGCCUUCCACCACAGUAGUGUCAUGUCAAUACUCCAACCUGGCGUCAUGGCCAUCAUCAUCAACAACGCAGCCAUCGGCAUCGUGACCAGCCUCUUUUUGCGGAGCCUCAACUCCAUCCUAAAGACAUUUGCCAGCGCCCUUGAGCUCAUGUUCACGGCUGUCCUGUGCUGGAUCAUCUUCGGCAUUCCUGUGGACCUCUACACGGUCAUGGCCAUCUUCAUUGUCAGCGCGGCCACUUAUCUCUAUGCACAGAACCCAGUUGUAAAUAAAGCAAGGACAGAGAUAGAGGAGGACACCAAAAAAGACGACCCUAACCCCAAGGACCAGAUUCAGCUGCAGUUGUCUCCUGGGCAACGCCACAAACCUGUGUUGUCAGUAUAACCCCCCCCCCACCUCCUCCGUGAAAUCGUUUGUGUAUUUAUUAGUGUGUCUGUGGUUGUUUGAUAUAACCUAGGUGAGCAAAAAUGUUUAAGCUAUGAAAUUAAUGCUUCAGUGACACUGGAAAUGUAUUAUCUUGAGAUAGAGGAGGACACCAAAAAAGACGACCCUAACCCCAAGGACCAGAUUCAGCUGCAGUUGUCUCCUGGGCAACGCCACAAACCUGUGUUGUCAGUAUAACCCCCCCCACCCCUCCUCCGUGAAAUCGUUUGUGUAUUUAUUAGUGUGUCUGUGGUUGUUUGAUAUAACCUAGGUGAGCAAAAAUGUUUAAGCUAUGAAAUUAAUGCUUCAGUGACACUGGAAAUGUAUUAUCUGAUCUGUCACUUGUGAUCCAUCAUCAGUUCUGUCAUUUAGCAUCCAUCAUCUGGUCUGUCUUUUGACAUCCAUCCUCUGUUAUGUCAAUUGGUAGCCAUCAUCUGGUCUGUCAUUCGGCAUCCAUCAUCUGGUCUGUCAUUCGGCAUCCAUCAUCUCAUCUGUCAAUCGGCAUCCAUCAUCUGGUCUGUCAUUUGGCAUCCAUCAUCUCAUCUGUCAAUUGGCAUCCAGCAUCUGGUCUGUUAAUAGGCAUCACCUAUCUUCAUUAUUUAAUGUACCCACACACAUUUCUAUAUAGUGGUGGUGAAGUAAGGGCAUCUUACCUGUUAGAAUACUGUCUUCUUUCUACCUGAAGCCCAGAUAAAAUCUUAGUCCAGCCAACGUCCCCGAAAGUCUCCAGACCCCCAGCUUAAAAAAGACAGAAGCAAACUUAAAAAAAACAGUCAUCACUUAAAGAUUUCCCAGUUGUAUUUGAUGUUCUUGCUCUACCCUCAUCACAGACCAUUACACUAUGAAACGCUAAAUCUAUUUUUCUAAACCAUCGUAAAUGCCAGCCUAUCAAUGAAUGAUGGAAGCAUAUUGUCACUGUAACUCUCAAUAUGCGUAGGUCGGGUUUUCCAAAUUUGACAUAAGGCACUAAAAACCUAGUAACUUUAAACAGAACCAUUCAAACGUUUGGGUUGAUCAUGUGACAGAAAAAUGUACUUUACACUUAUGUCAUUUUAAAAUCAUGUGGAGAGGCCAUGGAUCUGUACUGAGUUUGAAUAAACUGCAUUAGAAAUAAUUAAAUUUUGGCAUGUAGAGAGUUUGAAGAACGGUAAAGUCACCCAUCAUUUAGGAGAGUUGCAAUGAUGAUAUUGUCACCCAUCAUUUAGAAGAGUUUCAAAGACGGUAAAGCCACCCAUCAUUUAGAAGAGUUUCAAUGACGGUAAAGUCAGCCAUCAUUUAGAAGAGUUUGAAUGAUGGUAAAGUCAGCCAUCAUUUAGAAGAGUUUCAAUGACGGUAAAGUCACCCAUCAUUUAGAAGAGUUUGAAUGAUGGUAAAGUCAGCCAUCAUUUAGAAGAGUUUCAAAGACGGUUAAGUCACCCAUCAUUUAGAAGAGUUUCAAUGACGGUAAAGGUACCCAUCAUUUAGAAGAGUUUCAAAGACGGUAAAGUCACCCAUCAUUUAGAAGAGUUUCAAAGAUGGUAAAGUCACCCAUCAUUUAGAAGAGUUACAAUGACGAUAUUGUCACCCAUCAUAGAGACUACCCCACACGGCAGGAAGGUGGCUCUCUCCAGCGUUAUCAUCACAUUGUCCAUGCAUGUGUUGUUGCUGAACCUUGCCAUGUGUAUGGUGGCUUUGUGUGCUACUGAACAAUGUGCCUGAACAGGUCAAAGGACUUUUCCGCUAACAAAUUUAAAGCUAAUCUCGGUUAUCUUUUUUUUUUUAAUUUUAAUUCAAUGGUCAAUGUUUAAAACUGUUAUUUUGGUGAAUGAUAUAAAGGUUAGCUGUGUUCGAGCCGUGUGAAGUAGGAAAAAUAGUGAAACAAGUUAUGUUUUGG